AUGUCAUCUCGAAUCGAUCUCCUCGAUCUGCGCCCUGGCACCGACUCGGCCAGAGGCAGCCCGACUCCUCGCAUGCCGUCGCCGCGCGUUGAACACUUCGAUGGCGAAGUCCCGCCCAAUCUCUCUCCGCUCGACGCAUUCGCGAUGCAGAGUCGAGCACUCGCGAGACAACUCGAUGAAUCCAUGCGAAGAGACCGCCGCAUGAGUCGAUUGCCUCCGCAAAGCGUUGCCCGAUCGUUGUCGCAGCCCCGGCCUGGCUACUUUCGCUCCGGUUCAGACCAGUCUCAGGCUUCGCGCAGAGCAGCUCGCAGCCCCGACCCAAAUGCGCAUCAUGCCUUUGCAGAAGAGCCGAAAUUCAGACCGCAAUCGCAGCAUCCACGAAUUAGCGGAUUGUCGAUUCUACACAGCGAGGGGGAUGAUUCCGAUCAGACACCGAUUCCGGCAGACUCGAAUAAAGGUCUUGCGGGGGAAUACUUUCGUUCGCUAAGAGCAGAAUCGCCAGAGGAGGAUCCAUCGCUACAGAUCAGCUCGUCCAGUACGCUGUCUACAAGUACGAAGCCUCAUAUUCGCACACCCUCGACCUCUCGCGAGUCGUCCUACGAUUCUAUUCCACCGCCGUCGGUUUCCACUACGUUGGCGCCUGUAUCGCCUAUUCCGCCGUCUCUGUAUUACAACAACGGGCAGGUUGAGAGCUCCGACGAUGAUUACACCAGUUCCAACGGCGGCUCAACAUGGUCCAAGUCUCGGAAACUGUCUACAGGAAGCGGAAUAUCCAUGCCGCAUUCACCCAUGUCUCCAUUUGUUCGGUCGCAUCCACGAUCGCCAUCCGUCAGCUCGGAAGCGUCCAACUAUCUACCGCGUCCGUCGUUUAAUUUCUCUCGACCGCUCAGUCGUUCUAGUACCAGUAUGAGUCUAUCAGCGCCAUCGCCAAUUAUUCCCUCUGAGACMCCGAGCCAGCCUAGCUCCAACACGUCGCCAGCCAUAGACCAGCACACGACAAAUGGAAUUCGGAGAGACAACAAGCCAGCACCGAUUGUGCUUGGGGCAGAGCCCAUGUCUGUAGUAGGUGAGGAACCACCGUCGUCCGCUGUGUCUUCGUAUGUCUACGCCAAGUAUUCGCUUCCACGUGGACGAAUGGUGUCGCGAAAUUCGUUAGUGUUUGCUGGUUUGCAAACUCCUCAUUUUGAAUGGAAGGAACCUCUUUUUCAAAGUUCACCGACGUCAGAGCACGCACCCUCACCAGAGGCGCGGUCGAAAGAACCGCCAGUAAGUAUUACGUCUGAAGCGCCUACGCCGAAACCACGACCAGAGGCCGCAUUGGAUGUGCCUACGCGCGUUGAUCCACUUGCUACUGUGCCGGUAGCCACUGAACGCCAAUCGCACGAAAUCGUUCGAGAGCCGGAGCCGCGUCCCGUAUUGCAGCGCUCACACAGCGAACGAUUAGACGAUUCCAUGUCUGUAUCAACCGAGUCAAACAGCACCAUUCGGCCGAUCACUGCAAAGACUACGGCAUCGCCAGUCGCCGAACAGACGGCAGAAGAGCACGUCGAGAAGGGCAUUGAAUGUCAUGAGAAAGGGGCAUUGCAAGAGUCGACAUAUCACCUGCGAAUAGCCGCAAAGCAGAAUCACCCGACCGGUAUGCUAUUGUAUGCACUGGCUUGUAGACACGGCUGGGGCAUGCGACCGAAUCAGAAAGAAGGUGUCCAAUGGCUGCGCAAAGCUGUUGAUUCAGCCGGACUGGACAUUGGCGAAGAUGAUGAAGCGCCGACAGGUGGCAAGGAUGCGGCAUCUCGUAAAGCCCGUCGGGCGCAGUUUGCUCUUGGCAUCUACGAGCUAGGGGUCAGCCAUUUGAACGGCUGGGGUAUUGAGCAGGACAAAGUGUUGGCACUGCGGUGUUUUGAGAUUGCUUCGCAGUGGGGCGAUGCCGAUGCUCUUGCGGAGGCAGGAUUCUGCUACGCCGAGGGUAUUGGAUGCAAGAAAAAUUUGAAGAAGGCGGCUCACUAUUAUCGUCUGGCGGAAGCCAAGGGUAUGAGCAUGGUUGGAAAUAGCUGGAUCUACAAAGACAAGUACAUGAGUGAUGAGGACGACUCGAAGCGAUCCCGACCAUCGCGAGGCCGCGACGCCGGCGCGGAAAAAAAACCACGCAGCAAGUCUCGCACGCGCAGUAUUUUUCAACGGAAAAAGUCGACUGCAUAA